AUGCCACAGCCAAAGCGUGUCCGUUUUAAGGAGGACGAACGACACGUGGUGAAGAAUCUGCACGAGCUUCACAGUAGUGCCGUGUACGGCGCACUGUUGGUUGUGAUCGGAUGUGGACUGUUAACGAGCUAUUUGUCCACACGGCUUCCACCGGCACUAACGGUGGAGAAUCUAGAACGUUCGCCCAAUGCAUUUAUUGCCGAGCGUGCCUGGGCCAGCCUGAAAACGCUUAACGACAUGGGACCUAAGCCGGCUGGAAGUCAGGCAAACGAGGUGAUGGCUUACGAGUUCCUGCUGAAGGAAGUGCAACGUAUCGAAGCGUCAAAACAUGACAGCCAACAGCUCGAGCUCGAUAGCCAAACGGUGACCGGAGCGUUCAGUAUCUCGCUGUUGAACCAAUCGAUGACCAGCAUGUAUCGAAACGUGCAGAACGUUGUGGUGCGAUUGGUAGGUAGUGAUGCUCGACAAGCGCUACUGUUGAACUGCCACUUUGACACGGUGGCAAGCAGUCCCGGUGCGAGUGAUGACGGUGCAAGCUGUGCCGUGAUGUUGGAAGUUUUGCGUGUCUUGUCCCGCCAACCGAUACGCACCCGCCACACGGUACUGUUUCUUUUUAAUGGGGCAGAAGAAACAAUGCUUCAAGCGGCACAUGGAUUCAUUACACAGCAUCGGUGGGCGGCCGAGGUGCGUGCGUUUCUAAAUCUUGAAUCGUCCGGCUCCGGUGGGAAGGAAGUACUGUUCCAGGCUGGACCGCAUCAUCCUUGGUUGAUUGAGGCAUACGCACGAGCCAUACGGCAUCCGUUUGCGCACACCGUUGGUGAGGAAAUCUUCCAGCUCGGGCUGAUCCCAUCCGAUACGGAUUUCCGAAUGUUUCGCGAUUAUGGGGAGGUACCGGGGAUGGACUUUGCUCACAUUGCUAAUGGGUACCGGUACCACACGCGUUACGAUUCUAUGGACUUCCUGUCGCUCGAAGUACUGCAGCGCACUGGGGACAAUGUGCUCGCACUGACACGCGAUUUGGCCGAAUGUGAUGAACUAGCAGCCUCCAAACUACCCACCGGUGAAACGGUUUUCUUCGACUUUAUCGGGCUUGUCUUUGUGCAUUAUUCGGUAGCAAGUGGCCGUAUGAUCAACCUGGCCAUUGCGCUACUUUCCGUGAUCGUGCCUUUGAUCGGGUUUUCACGGAUACACUUCAAGGAUGUUUUGCGGGAAGUUACCUUUGGACUGUUGGGAACCGUUAUUGGAACAAUUUUUAGCACGAUUGCAUGCACAACAAUGGCACGUCAGCUAGAUUUCUUCAGCAAAACCAUGACCUGGUACACAAACACGCAGCUGAUUCUGGGCCUUUACUGCUGCUCUGCAUUGUUGGCACACUGUUUCGUCUAUCUAUUUCUAACGACGUUCUACACUAACGAAAAGAGCAAUCUUUCGCUGGGUCAAAUGACCCAAGCACGACUGAUCGGGGUGAAUGUAUUUUGGAGCUUUGUUACACUAGCCGCAACCAGCGCUGGUUAUCGUAGUGGGUACAUUCCUAUGGUGCUGCUAGCCUGUUCCCUUGCAUCAUCUCUGUUGAACGUCAUCAUCAAGGCAGGUCGCACGCAUCGCCGUUGGAUUUACGUGCAUCUUGCAUUUCAGCUGCCUGCUCUGCUAUGGUCAACAAAUUUCUACAAUGUGCUCGUACAGCUAUUCGUUCCAAUCACGGGCCGUUUCGGUGGAUCGCGCAAUCCAGAAGUGUUUAUCUCGCUGCUAGCGGCCGCCGGGACGCUACUCUGUUGCAGCUAUUGGAUUCCGUUUAUCGGCCAGUUGCGACAUAUGAUGAAUUUUACCGCCAAGUUAUCGGCCAUUAUUGUACUAACACUGGCGCUGGCCUGUUUCAGCCCGCUUGGAUUACCCUAUAGGGAUGAAAGCAUGGCAAAGGAUCCAACGCCCCAACGACACUACGUUACGCAUACGUUCCGGGUGUUUCAUGACGAGUACGGACUGUACACGCAUUCCGACGCAGGGUUCCUGUUCCAGGAGAUGGAUAGAAACACACGAGCAACGCUUGAAGAGUAUGUUGUACAGGGUGAAACGCUGGUUCCGAUGCGACAGGUACAAUCAUGUGAGAAGGAACUUUUCUGCGCGUUACCGUUUUACUCCCUGUGGCAUCAGAUGCGAUUUAACAAUUAUUGGUUACCAGGCCCAGAACCGAUCGUCGAUAAUAUGGUCACAAUGGCUUAUCUAGGUACGGAGCAGCUGGACAUGCGUACCCAGCGUUUAAUGUUUACGUUGGAAGGAAGCAUCCAAUCUUCUAUCAUCAUCGGACCGAAGGAGGGCGUACAGCUGGUCGGAUGGUCGUUGCUCGAUCAUGUGCCACCGCCAGCAAAGUUCGCUGGUCGUGAUGGACACUUUAUCUUCAUCACCCACGGUCUGCCAGGGAAGGCCUGGAACAUGACCGUUGAUGUGCAAUACGAUCAACCGAAAGAUAAUGGCAAUUUGGUCGAUAUUGUCGUUACCACCAAGUACUGGGAGUAUCAGCAUAUGCAUACGGCCGAUUUCGAGGAGCUGCUAGCAAGAUUCCCAUCAUGGGCGCACGUUGUUCCAUCGGUGGCGGUGGUUAGUGUGUUUCCGCUCUAAUUCCCGCCAUCCCCCGAGGGAAGCAAUAUUGUUACGUUGUCCGUUCGAUUAUGUAAAUUUU